CUAGUCCUAAAAUGGGCUAGCCAUAAAAAUAGAUGUACCUAUUUUCCCUUUUCAUUUCUCCACUUUUUCAAUCUUCCAUUCGAAGCUUCCUUUGCAAGAUCAAUUUCUUCUAGAAGAUUUCUGUAACAGCAAAGAGAGCUCGAUCAAUCUUUCAUCGGCUCAAACACUACCAAGGAACCACAGAAUUCCAUCAAUUUUGAAGAGUUGAGGGGGUUGGGUGGGGGUGGGGGUGGGGGCUUAUGGCUGAUACUUCGAAGGACGAUUUGGUGGAGCUGAUAAAGCGAAUUGGGGCUUUUCUUACUCUUAAGUUUUCUAAUCUCUCCCUAACAUUGGACUCAAGAUCUAUAGGCGCUAUAGCAGGUCUUGCAUUUACAAUAGUUUUUGCCUGGAGAAUAUUGAGAACAUCUAGUCCACAGAGGAGGAGUCCUAAACGACAAGCUGUUAUACCUGGUAGUUCUGGUGUAAGCAGUCAUUUUAGUGAAAAUAUAGCAACUUCAGAAGUUAGCCCCCCAUCAGAGGAUUCGAGUGCACAAAAUGUAAUUGAUGAGUUCUUUCAGCCAGUAAAGCCAACUCUGGGACAAAUAGUCAGGCAAAGACUGAGUGAGGGGAGGAAGGUAACAUGUCGGUUGCUUGGAGUAAUCUUGGAGGAAACGAGCCCGGAGGAACUACAGAAACAAGCUACUGUCCGAUCCUCUGUGCUUGAAGUGUUGCUAGAAAUCACCAAAUUUUGUGACCUUUAUCUCAUGGAGAGAGUACUUGACGACGAAAGUGAAAAAAAGGUCCUACUGGCUUUAGAAGAUGCUGGAGUGUUUACAUCUGGUGGCAUGGUCAAAGACAAGGUUCUCUUUUGUAGCAUUGAGAAUGGGCGAACAUCAUUUGUCCGACAACUGGAACCUGAUUGGCACAUUGAUACAAAUCCGGAAAUCGUUUUUCAGUUAGCGAGAUUUAUCAAAUAUGAGCUACACAUUACACCUACCAAGUCAGAAAGAACAGCUAUGAAUGUUUUCAGCUCAACGUCUUUGGAGCAGUUUUUCGGAACUGUUUAGAUGCCAUCAUAUCCCAAUGAGUUCUAACAUAUUUUCAUUCGUUUUAGGUCUCACCUGUUGCCCUUCCUAUUCAACUUUGGGCUGUGAAAGUUCAUAUUUUAAACUCAAUUACGUCUUUUUCUGGUACCUGCAACUUCAUAGGUUGAGGUUUAAGGGUGACACUUUGUAUAUUACUCUGUUGUAUUCAGAACAGAUCACUUUAUAAUUUAUAUGGUUGCUCUGUAUAAGCCAGUGUACCAAAUGGCUUAAACAAAGAUGUAUUAUUUUGCUAGCUUUAUGGUGCAACCUGGUUAUUGUAGAGGAA